AUGGAAGCAAGAUCUAAAACGUAUCAAAAGGAAGAAGUAGAAGCAGCAGAAAUUAUCAAAAGUAAUGAAAAACAAACUAAUACUAAAACUAUUAUUACACGUAAUAAUAAUAUUACCACCGCCACCGAUACAACUAAUAUUGAUAGUAGUAGUCGGAGUACAACAAGUGAUACAACAAGUAAAAGAAUUAAAACAGCCAAUAACAGUAGAACCACUAAAACUAAAACUAAAAGAACUACAAGUAGUGCCGUCUCACCAGAACGCGAAGAUAUGUUUCCAAUUCGACUUCAAAACGUUUCAAAGCUCGUAGGUGCUCACGUUAGUAUUGGUGGAGGUAUCCAAAAUUCGAUUAUUAAUAGUUUAGCUAUUGGAGCAAAUGCAUUUGCAUUAUUCCUUCGUAAUCAACGUACUUGGAAAUCUUCACCAUUAGAUUCCAAAGUUAUCACCGCAUUUCGAGAAAAAUGUAUCGAAAAUAAUUAUCAGCCUAACUGUAUAUUACCUCACGGAAGUUAUUUAAUAAAUUUGGGUAAUCCUGAUAAAGCCAAACGAGAAAAAAGUUAUGAAGCAUUUUUGGAAGAUUUAAAAAGAUGUGAAUCUUUAGGAUGUUCAACUGAACAAUCCAUAAUAUAUAUUGCUGAAUGUAUUAAUCAAGCACACCAGGAAACAAAGAAUGUAAUUUGUGUAAUUGAAAAUAUGGCUGGUUCGGGAAAUGUUAUUGGAUCAAAAUUUAAAGAAUUGGCUGAUAUCAUUACUCGGAUAAAAAUCGAGUGGGAGUCUGUAUCGAUACAUGUCAUGCGUUCGCAGCGUAAAACCUAUGAAGAAACCAUGGAAAAAUUUUCGAAAAUCGUUGGAUUUAAAUAUUUAAAAGGGAUGCAUUUAAAUGAUUCGCUUACCGAUUUAGGAUCCAAUCGAGAUCGUCACGCCAACAUUGGAAAAGGUUAUAUGGGUUUAGAACCAUUUCGAUUAAUAAUGAAUGAUGAUCGAUUAAAUGGAAUUCCUUUAAUAUUAGAAACUCCAACAGAACAAGGUGAUGAAUAUCAAAAAGAAAUUGAAUUACUUUAUGAACUCGUAGGUAAAUCCAAUUUAUCCCAAGUUAAACUUCCAAAAGAUUUUGUUCAAGGACAACAAGUGAAUGGAAAUGGGAAAAGAAAAGGGGGUAAUAAUAAUAAUAAGAAACAAAGUACACUUGAUUUUGGAAAUAAGAAGAAGAAAGAUGAUUCCACGGACGAAGAUUAA